UUCAAAUAUAUAUAUAUUAGUAUAUAUAUAUAGUGUAGCCUUUAUUAAUCAAUAACUUUGAAACUAUAGAGGAAAAAUUAUCAAAGCACCUGUCUGAUACUGCAAAGAGAGAGAAAUAUGCAACAAAAUCGCUUCAUACUUCUUCCUAUUAUAUACAUUUCUUAUCUUUGCUCAUUUAAAACUAAAGUUGUUCAAUCUUCUCGGGAAUAUUAUUCUACUAGUAAUCUAUUGAACGUUGAAGCUAAGCUUUUAAACGAUUUAUUCGCGAAUUAUACAAGAAGUACAAGAAGAUUUUCUAGGCCUAUAAAUGAUUCUUCAAAGCCUAUUAAAGUGUUUUUUGGUAUAAGACUUAUGAAAGUUGAAUUGGAUGAAAAGCAUCAGAAAAUGAAAACUAGCGUAUGGCUAAGAGUUAAAUGGUAUGACGAGUCGCUAAAAUGGAAUCCUACCGCAUAUAAGAAUAUAACGUCGUUAACGGUACCUUAUAGUCAAGUAUGGCUGCCCGAUAUUGUUCUUGUAAAUACAGAUGAAACGGAAAAAAAUAUUCGAAAUGCUGAUUUACAAGUGAGAAGUUCCGGUUCAGUAUUUUGGUCUCCUCACGUGUCGUAUGAAAGUGCUUGUCUAAUUGACGUUACAAACUAUCCAUUUGACAAACACGACUGUGAUAUGUGGUUUCAAUCGAUGUCGAUUUCAAAGAAGAAGUUAGAUCUAAAUGUUUACAAGUAUAAAAACAGUUCGGCGUUCGACUUAGAUACUUAUUUAGGCGCUUAUAAGGAAUCGCAGGAAUGGGAAAUUAUAUCGAAUAGCACAGAACUCGUUAUAAGAGCAAAAAGCAAGGGAGUUAUGAUAAAAUUUUCAAAAAGGCCAGCAAUCAAAUUUUCUUUAGCUUUAAGAAGAAGAAAUAAAUUCAAAAUGAUUUUGCUGACGUUACCCUCUGUUUGCCUCUCAUCUUUAGCUCUGUGCAUCUUCCUCCUCCCUCCCGAUAGAGCUGAUAGACAUUCAUUAGGUAUGAGUGUCUUCGCUAGUUAUAUUGUACUUCUCUUAAUUCUGAUCGAAUCGGCUCCUCCAUCAGCGGCUUCUAUACCGAAACUGGGAUUAUUUUAUAUAUCGAAUAUAGCGUUGGUUAUAGGAAUAUUGAUAUCGUCAAUAAUCUCCGUAUCUGUUAGUCGACGGGGAGACUCUGGCGAAGACGUUCCGUCGUGGAUGAUAAAGGUCUUUGUCUAUAAAGUAUCAAGAGUAUUGAUGUUACGUAAUCAAAUGCACGCAUCCUUUAAUAAAAGUAGAACAAGUAAUGAUGAUCGAAAGUCCAACGACUUGGAAAUGGAAACUAUUGAAAAUUUGACUGAUUUAGAUAAAAAGUUCAUUAAUUUUAGAUGGAGGAACAUUUCAAUGGUUUUAGAUAGAUUAUUUGCUCUAAUUUUUAUUGUUUUCUUUAUAUCUUUGGCAAUUCUUUUAUUCCCACAUAAAAGUUAA